UUUUUUUUUUUUGCUCGCCGAUGAUAAUAUGAUAAGGUGUUUUUUAUUCCACGUAUUAAUUUAUUAAUUAGUUUUCGUCAAUUCGUACCGAAUCGUUUAGUAUUAUUUUAUUCAAAAUGUUGAAAUUAGUCGUUCUAUUAAUUAUUUGCUCGAGUCUACCGGCUCUCUACGCUUCAUCGUUAUGCAAAAACCCAGAAAUAUCUUCAGCCUCAUCGUACACCACUCAAGACGGAAUGGUCGUAGCCGAAAUCGCUUUCAUCUCAGAGUUCAGCUUGGAUUGCAGUAAUAAAGCCAGCGGUUUGUCACUAUUCGGCGAAGUUAACGGUAAAAUCCUUCCUAUAAUGAAAGUAGACGGUCGUAAUAAGUACCAAGUCAGUUGGACCGAAGAAAUCAAGAAAGCCAGAAGUGGCGAUUAUAUCAUCAACGUUUACGACGAAGAAGGAUACAGUAAUAUCAGAAAAGCAAUCCGAAGCGGCGAAGAUCCUAAAGCUAUUACUCCUUUGACUAUGGUCACGUUGAAUUAUUCCGGAGCUUAUCUAGGACCGUGGGUCAAUUCUGAAUUUUUAGCUGCUAUUUCAUUGAUUAGCGCUUGGUACGCGGCGUUCGUACAUAAAUCUAAAUUGUUAUCGUAAUUCCUCGAAAAAGUGAUUUUAUAUCACUCGUCGUACGUGAUGAGGAUUGUAUUCAUUUAUCGAGAAUGUGUUUUGUGUAAAGACAGAGGGCUCUGAAUCUGUGUAACUCUCUGUGUAAACGUAAAGUAUAAUUUGUAUUCCAUCUCGUCUCGUUCAUAUUGUUGCAAUCUGUUUGAUAUAAAUUUGUAAAAUUUGUUACUAAAUUAUGAUUUUCUAUUCGUAUUUAUAUUAAAAUUGUGUUUCGUAUUUUGUA